CCGGCUUUUGUCUGAGGGCGUUAGUGCGUUUGAAUUACAUUGGGAUGUAAAAUUGGGGGACAUUUUUCUCUGACAAAGGGUUAGGGUUAGGGAACCACCACAUUUUGCCUCCUGUUUCUGUCUUCCGGUUCAAGUGUGGUGGAUUUUCUUCUCCUGGCGGAUUGCACGAAAGCCCACUUGAAUGGUAACUUGAAUGGUCUACUAAAACAGUUUGUCAUUCAGCAAGUUGUACACAAAGUUCAAAAUAUUGAACAGUUGGACUUACAUUCAAAUGUUUCGAGAAGUUCCCUUGUCAAGGUUAUUGUGUCUUUUAGGUUCGUCAUGAAUUUUUUUUUUAUUAUCAUGUUUUUUUUUAUCCUUCUGGUGUUGGUUUUACAUUUGUGUGACCUCGUAUUGGUUGUGAUUCUAUUCUAUUUUUGUCUUUGAGGUUUGCGGCUAUGUGAUCGUGUGACGUUGUACUUGUUGCGGAGAAGCUUUUAUUGUGGAGUUCUAAGCGGAAGCAGAGCGUGGUUGUAGCACGGAUGAAGAUUGACAAAGAAAAAGAAAAAAAACGUGCGCUCACACCUCUCAUGCGCACAAGGAAUAAAGGCGCGCGCCACGCACGAGCAGAUCUCCCGGUGCUCCAGCGUCCACGAGGUGACCAGCGGACGGCUUUUUUGUUUGUUUUUUUUAUUAUUAUUUUUAUUAUUUUUUUGUGAACUCUCUUUUCUUCUUCUCACACAAAAAAUACAAAAAUAAUACAAAUUGAACGAACUCCCCAAACAAGCGAUGGCAGGUUAUCCUACCCUGCAGGUGUUUUUUUUGUUUUGUCUUUUUUUGGGGGCGCCACAGUUGAAUUUGGGAAGUGCGAAGGCGUGAGGAUGCUGCGGGUGAUCCGCUAACCAUGGGCGUGUUGGAGUCCAACUCCACCGGUAACUUGACCACCGCGGUGUCCGGCGGCGCGCUGCCGCUGCCGGGUUACCUGGCGCUGCUUCUGUCGGUGCUCAUGGGCACGCUGGUGGCCACGGUGGUGGCGGGCAACGCGCUGGUCAUCCUUGCCUUCGUCGUGGACAAAUCCCUGAGAACUCAGAGCAACUACUUCUUCCUCAACCUGGCCAUAUCUGAUUUCCUCGUGGGUGCCUUCUGCAUCCCGGUGUACAUCCCGUACAACUUGACGGGCAGGUGGAUGCUGAGCAAGAGUCUUUGCAAGGUGUGGCUGGUCAUGGACUACCUGCUCUGCACCGCCUCCGUGUUCAACAUCGUGCUCAUCAGCUACGACCGCUUCCUGUCUGUCACCAGAGCUGUGAAAUACAGAGCCCAGCGCAACAUGACCCGCCAGGCGGUGCUCAAGAUGGCGGCGGUGUGGGCGCUAGCCUUCCUCCUCUAUGGCCCCGCCAUCAUCUUCUGGGAGGCGGCAGUGGGCCACAGCGUGGUGCCGGCUCACGAGUGCUACGCCGAGUUCUACUUCACCUGGUACUUCCUGCUGUGCGCCUCCACCUUCGAGUUCUUCACGCCCUUCGUGUCCGUGGCCUACUUCAACCUGAGCAUCUACCUGAACAUCCACCGGCGCCACAGGAACGCAGGCGUGGGCCCCCGCCACGAGACGCCGCCCCCCCAGCCGACGAAAAAACAGAGGGACGGCGCGGCGUGGUCCGUGUUCUUCGUCAAGAACCGCAAGGUGUUGUGCAGCGAGCCCAUCGCCGUCUCGGCCGUCAUCGAGAACGACGAGGGGAUCUCGCCGCCCUACGGCGGCAGCCCCGACGGCAGUCAGAUCCUGGCGCACAGGGAGAAGUCCUCGCCGGGCGGAAGGAACUCCAGGCCGUUCCGGCACUCGCCGGCGGUGACGGCGCCGGGCCGCAAGACGCCGGGAUCCCGCCUUUCCCGAGACAUCAAGAUCGCCAAGUCCCUGGCCGUCAUCGUGUGCACUUUUGGGAUCUGCUGGGCCCCUUACACGCUGCUGAUGAUCAUCCGCGCCGCCUGCAGCGGCGCGUGCGUGGCCAACUACUGGUACGACAUCACGUUCUGGCUCCUGUGGCUCAACUCGGCCGUCAACCCGUUCCUGUACCCGCUUUGCCACAGCAGCUUCCGAAGGGCUUUCUCCAAGAUCCUGUGUCCCAAGAAACAAUCCGUCCGGCCUCAGGUGGCGGAGGCGCAGCCGUGUUAGAGCCGCUGUACGUGCCAAUGCAAAAACUGAAACACUGUGUAUAAAAAAAAGAAAGAAAGAAAGAAAAAAUAACAACUCCACUUCCUUGUUCUUCCAUCCCAAACAUCCAAAAUGAAAAAAAAAAAAAAUAAAUAAAAAGACUGUUAGGAUGCUCAAAGCACAUAAAGAGCAGAGACCUCCGCCAAGGCAGGACAAUCCCGAAACUUCCCCCCCCAAAAUAACUUACUUAUUUGCAGUACCUGUCCGAUGGACCAGCAUUUGGGUCUAAAGACUAGAGUGGAACCUCUAAAGUUGAACAUAAUCACUUGCCUGACACACGUCAUAAUAGAAUGUUUUUAUUAUUAUUUUUUUCAUAUGUACAGUUGAAACCAGAAGUUUACAGUACAUAUACUAUAUAAAAAAAACAUCCUUUUUUUUUUUUUUUUUCCUUCUCACCGUCAGACAUGAAAUCAGACUAAACUUUUCCCGUUUUAGGUCAAUUAGGAUUACCAAAAUAUUUUCUAUUUGCAUUAUGCCAGAAUGAUGAGAAGGUUUUUUUUUAAAGCCAAUUUGUUAUUACUUUUAUGACCCCCAAGUCAGAUGUUGACAUACAUUCCAUUAAUAUUUGGUACCAUUGGGCGAUGGAUGGAUGAUGCAUACUUGCGAUGUUAAUCCUUGGCUGCGAAAAAUGUGGAAUUUUGAGGUUCUGCUGUCAUAUGGCCCACAUUGCACCCCAUUGACGAAAACCGCCUCCUGAAAAUGCUUGAAUUUUGUUCUGAACUCAUUCACUGCCAGCCGUUUUUCAAAACAGAGUUCCCCAUAUUGCCUAUGGUUUUAGAGCAUUUUGACUGAUCUUUCAGGGUAUUUUUUCCCGCAUUUGUUUUUUUCCCCCUCAAGAUCGCAACACACACUUUCUAGUCCCUACGGCGACACAUACUCUGUUUAUAUAUAUACAAGCUCUGUUUGAGUGUGAGGUGCCUCAACUUGUCCAACUUCCAUGUUGGCAAUUCUCUCCCUCAUAAUCGACGUGACAAGCAGACAUUCACCCCCGUAUUAUCUUGAUUUUCUCCUGAAAAGCGGUGCUAUCUCCAGGAAUCUGUUAGUCCUUACAGCGGUUCACAAACCAGAAUUUUACAGACAAGCCGGACGAGACCCUCUUCCACGCCUACUCGUUGAAAAACAUACUCGACAAAUAUUACAUAUCAGUGGCAGUAAAUUCCAGAUGACGAACAUAAACGUCUAUGGCAGUGAAUGAGUUGAGUUGUGUGUUAUUUGCAUACAAGUUAAAGGGCACAUCUUAUGUCAACUUGCCUUUAUAAUUGCUUCAAGACAAUUCGCUGGGUUUCUGGAGUGCCUGCUAACCCAUCAAGUGUGAAGUUACACAAACAAGUAUUAUCUGCCAAUUCUCCAAAAUGUGUCUAUUAGUGAGCAGAAUUGUGAUGUAACAGUCGGGCAAAUUUACAUAAUACCUCCCUCUGCGUCGAGUUUCUGCGCCGAUUACUUGGCAGCUGUGCUGGGUGAAGACCCGCCAUUUUCAAGCCAUGUUUGGAUUACGCGUAAGUACUAUCAUGUCAAAGCCAAAAGAUAAGCAAAGAUGCAGCGUUAGCACAGAUUACAGUUAGCUUCUCCCAAAUAUUUGGCAAAGUUCUCGAGGUCUGGGCUUGGGGUAUUUGUGUUUGUGUGUUUGCCGAUGCGUCCGCUGCUUGCGCCACAUGCACAGAUCCGCUAUACUAUGUGAUUCAGUGGCUUGGUGGUGAAGUGCUGCCUCCAUGAAUGAAAAUACAUCACUGGGAACUGUUUUAAAUUGUGAAAAAAAGGCAUAAUACAAUAUGACUCCACCAAUUAAAAUGUAGAAAUGUGAAAAACAAAAAAUCCUGCACUUUGAUCCUUUACCUUUACCUUGGCGGAGGUAACAGCUUGGGACUCUUAUGGCACCUUAAAAAAAAAAGAAAUAAAAAAAGCACAGAUUCUCUGUGAGGUGUACCUGUCCACGUUGAAAUGCAUGCGAACGAACGAUCACUGGCAAUCUCUCUGCAGUGACGUGCUUUAAGCUUUGCGGUCACUGUUUGUGCGUUUUUGUGCGUGCGUGUGUGUGCAUGUGUCCUUUUGUGCGCUGACGACAACAAUAAUUCCUCCUGAUAUGUUUUAUGAUACCUUUUAAUAUCGCCCCCUAUGACAAAAUGCCCUUUCACAAGCGGCGUCGGCCAUUACGCGGGGUCCUUUCUGUUUGAAAAAGCGAGCAAAUUCGAGCCUGUCGUCUCGCAGCAAUAUCGUGACAAAUGGAGUGUCUUUAACACUGACAGGAAGUGAAUAGUUCGCAUUUGUUUACUCAAUACUGAAUGUCGUUUUGCUUUUACAUCACUUGAUGUGAAAAGUUGGGUGAAGAGCUGAAACCUGCCAACUCUAAAAAUCUGCACUUGUCGUCCUGCGGUCGACGCUCCGAAAUGUACAGCACAAUGAGCGGUUUUGUACAAAAAUAUCUAUGCCAACUCUGUGUUUAACAGUUGUGUGUUCUUUCAACGCAGUAUUUACUACUAGUCAAAGACUGAUUUGUACCCUCCCCCCCAAAAUAGCACUUGACAACUUUGUAACUUGGUGAUGAAUGUGUGUCAGUGUGAAUAGCCAAAGAAAAAAACAUUUAAAUAAAGACUGACUACAAGUACGGAAGCCUUCAUUGAGUAAAUAUUGUUGUUACUACAGCGUUAUUCACAUUAAGCAUUAAGCAAAAGUCUGAGUUUAUUUGGAGACCACCCACAAAAUAAAUAUUUGUUUGGAAAAAAAAAAAGUUUUCAAAGACUACAAUUGGUGUUAAAAGACAAAUGACCUGACAAGCUUUAAUUUACGAUAUAGCAAGCUUGAUUAGCUUAGCAUUGGGCUAAACUCGUUUUCUUUUUGAAUCAUCCUCAAAGUAAACAUUUGUCAAAAAGUUUGAAAAUUGUUCACAAAAGCCCUUUGAAAGAACAUAUUUUAAGUUCCAGGAUUAUUUACAUUCGCUAAAGUGUUAGACUCCUGACAAGCUAUUAAGCUAAGCUUAAUAGCUUAGCUUAAUAGCUUGACACUCGAGUGUGGCGUAAGACCAAAGUGCAGCUACUGG